UUCCCUCUCUUAAAAAAUGGGAAAAACGAAAAGAAAAAGAAAAAUUCUUAUUCUCAAUUUCUCAUUCAUGAAACACUAGAAGAAGAAAAAUGCAAAGAUGCAGAGUAGUGACAUCUAGGGUUAGGGUUUCACUCCAUGAAUUCUCCUUUGGAGGUCACUAACCACUGCCGCCACCGCUACUGCCUUCAAAACCUCAUCACCAGUUUGUUCGGAAUCUCCUGUCAGUAACUUCAUAAACAAUCUCUCUCCAAUAAAGAAUAUCAGGCCUGUACAUGUUGCACAAGUGUAUCUCAGUCUAAACUCCCCUCUGGUAUUCACAUUACCACGUACAACUUCACACCUUGAAGCAAGUUUUCCGCAAAGGUCUGGGAUCCUUUAGGCCCCAGUGCCCCUCAUUAUUGUGUGUAGACACAACUCAGUACGACUAUGUUAGCAAGAAAUCUGACGACGGUGUAGCUGAUUUCACCAAAACUACUAGCUUUUGUCUAGUGGGUUGAUCAUUCAGAAGGACAUGGAUACCAAAACACUCCCAGACCACUCGGGUAGUUCCUCUGGGGGUGUUGAUGAGUACUUGGUUGAUCCCGUCGAGGUGGACCAUGCAAAUUCUUCAUAUUCAGACAGUUCAAAAUUGGAACAAUCUGAUGGUUUGCUUGCUUCAAAUGAAUUGAAGAAUAACUUGAUAUCAGAUGGUAAUGAGUCUGGCCUAUCUAUGGCUAAUGUCUCCAAGAAACAACAAAUUGAAAUUUCAGGAGUGCAGUUGCAGAAUGUAGGAGGCAGCAAUCAAGAUAAAUGUGAUUGCUCUCCUCAGUUGCUGCCUGAACAAAAGCAGAUUGUUCCAACAAUUGAAGACUAUGGUGGCAAUGCAAGGGCAAGCACAGGUGGACCAGUUGAGAAUGCAAUGCAGCAUGAUUAUGAGGCUAGUCAAAACCAGCAUAGCAUAAGCAGGCGCUGCCUUCAAUUUGGAGAAGCUCGACCAAAAAGUACUUUGAGCAGCACCAGUUCUUCCGAUCCACAGAAUAAUAUAACCAGUACAAGACAACCUCUUUCCGCUAUGGAAUUGGAGAGUUCAGAGGCAUCUCAUGUUAAUUCAAAUACAACUUCUAGCAAGAGGCUCCUGGUUAGCUUGUCCCAGCCCAUGUCAACCAUGGUUCCUCCUCGCCAUCGUGGAAAUUUUCCCUUCACUAUUUCCAAGCCAUCAGGUAUUGGCUUGCACCUAAACAGCAUUGUGAACAAUGUGCCAGUUGGUUGCAGUGCAACUGUCAGAAUGAAGUUAGCAGAUAACAACAUGAGUGGACUUGGAAUGAGGUCAGCAUCUGGUACUUCCUGUUUUUUGCCGCAGAACGUCAAGAGUUCCUCGGGAUCAUCAAGUUUAGUCGAGAAGGUUUCAGACAUCAAUGAAGACAUGAUGUUUCGAAGUGAUGCUUCAAUAGCUGCAGGUUCUACCCCUUCUGAAACUCUCCACCCCAUGGAAUCCUUGAAGCCUCUGGUUGAGUAUUAUGCAACUCCACUCAGUAAAAUGAAGGUUAAUGUAGAGCACGUUCACAAUUUUGAGGAAAUCAAACAACCUAGCCCCAGAAAGAAAAGGCAAAUGAAGAAAUCUUCGAGCACUCUUGAUGGUGACGGUUGCAAACGUUGCAAUUGUAAGAAAACCAAAUGCUUGAAGCUUUAUUGUGACUGUUUUGCUGCUGGAAUCUAUUGUGCUGAGCCUUGUUCUUGCCAAGGCUGCUUUAACAGGCCCGAAUAUGAAGAAACAGUCCUUGAAACAAGGCAACAAAUUCAAUCCCGCAAUCCACUUGCUUUUGCCCCCAAGAUUGUGAAGCGUGUCACUGAAUUUCCAUCCAACAAUGCGGAAGAGGGAAAUGGGUCAACACCAUCUUCAGCCAGGCACAAAAAAGGAUGCAACUGCAAAAAAUCAAUGUGUCAGAAAAAAUAUUGUGAAUGCUAUCAGGCCAAUGUUGGAUGCUCAAGUGGAUGUCGAUGUGAGGGUUGCAAAAAUGUCUACGGCAGGAAAGAAGAAUAUGGCCUAUCUGAAGAAAUGAUAAGCAAUAGUGGCACUGAGGAAAGAUUGGCUGAUACAUUUGAUGACAGACUGGAAAUGGUGGCGACCGAGCAAGAUUUCUUACUUGCUGAGUUGUAUGAUUCACACCACCACACGCCUCUUACACCAUUGUUCCGGGGCUCCGACCACGGAAAGGAUGCACCAAAAUUGCGGCUUACUUCUAGCAGAUACCUUCCAUCUCCUGAGUCUGAACUUACGAUCUUAUCAUCUUAUGCAAAACCCAUGAGGUCUCUGGGAAAUACAGAUAGCCAUGACGUAUUUCUCGAUAGAAGUAAAGGGAUUCUUGAUGAAAACUCUUAUGGUCAAGAAACAGAUUACCAUAAUUCAGAAAUGGUGGACCAGUUCUCACCCAGAUGUGAUUCACUGGUAGAUAUGUCAAACCUCUCACCGCUGCCAAAUCCCUCAAUGGUCAUGUCUUCUGCUUCAUCUAAAACAAUGGGUUGGACAAAUGUUUCAAGACUUCAACCUUGCACUGGAAGUAGUCGCUAUCCCUCUGGUGGUUCCCUUCGCUGGCGUUGUUCACCAAUUUCAUCUAUGACACAGUUAUGUGAGACCAAAGACCAUGAGAGGGUUGACACUGAUAACAGGUACUAUGACAUUUUUGACGAUGACACACCUGAGAUAUUGAAGGAUGCUUCUACCCCGAAUAAAUCUGUGAAAGUAAGGUCCCCCAACCAGAAGCGAGUUUCUCCUCCUCACACUCGUAUGCAAGCACUUGGAUCAAGCUCAUCAGGAGGAGGCUUAAAAAGUGGACGCAAGUUCAUAUUGCAGGCUGUGCCUUCUUUUCCAUCUCUUACCCCUUGCAUUGAUUCAAAGGGCGGCGCUAAUCAGAAAGAAAGUGAUGUUUGAGCAAAUGUGACAACAGAUAUUCAAGUUAACUGCAGUUUGUGGUUUUGGUUUCUGCCUUCAGUUCUUCAGAACUUACAGUAGCAGACUGCUGCAUUUGGUUGGUGCAGUACCUUUGCUCGAUAUGACUGACAAUCCUCUAUGCCGUCGUUUGCAGGAUUGCCAUCAUGACUUACUGAGGUAAAAAUAGGUUCCAAGUUGCCACAUAAAAACUGCUCUAUAACUUUGUAGGGGAGAUAUUGCUACGGAAUCGUCAAUUUUCUCUUCUAGUUAUUUUAUUUUAUUUUAUUAUCUUAUGUUA